GUCUCCUUUCAUCUCCUCUACGACAAACAUUCCUUCACAAACAAUCGCUAAUGGACCUCUAACGUGCACCAUCAGUCAAAUCUUCUCUCAAAGCCCCCAAGCUUCACUGGGUCCUCGAGCGCCCCUCUCUGCUACCGUCACUGUUCCGGCAUUCAUUAGAGCCUCGAGUGCAUAGCCUAAUGAAGAUCCUCAAGCUCUCGUUCCUCGUCAUAUUCUCUCUAAUUCUUCUCUCUGCCGAGAAGGGCUGCAAGAGCAUCGAAAGCAGCACAGCCAAAGACUUUCCCAAAAGAAUUCCUGAAGAAAAAACUGGGUCCGGACCGUCGAGAGUCUUCACUUCACUGCGUUCUGUGCACCUACAUCGCCGAGGAAAACAGAGAUCGAAGGACUCGACGAAGCUACAUUUCGAAGGUAAAGGAACGUUCUACGACCCUUCGGGCCCCCUGACGGCUUGUCUUACCAAAGCGAGCAAGGACGAUCUCAUUGGGGCUCUAAAUGGAUCUCAAUUCGAUGCGAAGAAACACUGUGGCAAGCAAGCCGAGAUCUGCCAUUACGACAAAUGCGUUAAAAUCAGCAUUGUCGAUCUGUGCCCAGAGUGCCCUCAUGGCAAUAUCGACCUGAGCCAGCGUGCAUUUGGGCAGCUUGCUAAACUCAACAAGGGCUCGAUUCAGAUAAGAUGGCGUUUUCUUUAACUAUGUCAGCUUUUUCGGUCCUCCCUUCUGUGGCGCGAUCAGACAAGUGCGCUUCUUCGCUAGGCUCCUCAGAACCGAAACAGUAGUCAUUACACAUCA